GACGCGCCGUCCUGGCUGCCUAUAAAAGGGCUCCUCGUCUCAUCUCACAUCGAUCCAUGUGCAUCAUCCAUCGAUCACUCGAAACAAACCAACAAGGACAAACAUUCUCUCCUGAUCCGGAUCCGCCGGCCGAUCGACCUUUCCAUGGGGCGCCGCUCUGGAGGAGGAGGAGGCGGCGGCGGCUUCCGCAGCGCGCCACGGCCCGCAGCCCCUGCACCCAAGCCGGCGGCCAAGCAGUCGUCCGCCCCGGCGCCGGCCAAGACCGACAGCAGCAGCGCCCCGACCUCCAUCUUCGGAUCCAUCGGCUCUGCCGUCGCCGACGGGGUCGGGUGGGGCGUCGGGACCAGCAUGGCGCACCGGGCCAUGGAUUCCAUAAUGGGCCCGCGCACCGUCAGGGUCGUCGAGGAGCCGGCGCCCGCCGCGGACGCGUGCGGCAUCCAGAACCAGGCCUUCAGCAACUGCAUCUACGGCAACGAGAGCGACAUCAGCAGGUGCCAGAACUACUUCGACCUGCUCUGCCAGUGCCGCCGCGGAGGAGGAGCAGGAGGAGCGGCCACCAUCGCAUAAACCCUACGGUUAUUUCUAGAAUAUAUAUCAUCCAGUCAGUCGUCCGUCCUUGAAUAAUGGAGUGAACAAGAUAUCUCUCAUCCUUGUAACAGAACAUUUUAUAUAUCUUGUCUCUGUUUCCGAAUUAACAAAUUUAGCAUUGUUUGAUGCACGAGGUUGGUUUA